AUGCCUUCUACCCAGUCCGCCUCUACUCUCCCACAGGGUUUCUCUGUCUACCAACAUACUCUCGGUGCUCCCUUGCAAUUCCUCCCUGCUCUCGGAUCGCAACAGCUCGAUGACUUCAUCAACGCCUUCAUUCCUGGUCCUGCUCCCGCCAGUGAGAAGCGGGCCACAAUCUCCUUGGACUUCCUCGAGUAUGCUCAGAUGACUGGGCAAAACUUCAAGUUCUACCCUGUGAAUUCUGCACCAUCUGUAGCUACUUCUCCUUCAAUAGACAGCCCCUCUCUCGACUCGGUCAACUCGUCAUUCAACGUCUCUCCCACCACACCCUCUUGGGAUUGGAGCGCAACAUCGGCACCCUCAGUAGCCUCGUCGUCUCGCGGCUCAACACAAAGUCGACGGAAGAGCAAGGCCAAGAGCUCGCCUUCCAGACACCAGACUACCGACUUCUCACAUCUUCCUGGUAUGAAGAUUCUCACCAAGGAUGGCCAAGAUGUGACCAACACUGCUUCCCGGGGAUCCAAGACAAAGGAGCAGCGUGACCACGCUCACCUCAUGAGAAUCAUCAAGGCGUGCGACAGCUGCCGACGCAAAAAGAUUCGUUGCGACCCGAGCCACAAGAAGCGAGGAGCCGCUCAGGCCGCACCACCGCCUGCUUCAAAGUCUGCAAACAAGGCGAGGGCCGUACCCCAAGACCCUCCUUGUCUACCGUCAGCUGCUGUACCGGAUAGAGAACUGCUGUUCGCAUCAUCAUCAUUCGAUCUAGACUCGGGCUUUGACUUCUCUGGCCUCGAGAACCUCGACCCUGCUACUCUGACUUACGACCCAUUCGACGAGUUUAUCCAGUUCCCCCCCAUGGAUACCCCAGACCUCGACUUCCCCCUCGAAUCGGAGGCUUAUCUGUCUUCACAACCCACGACCACUACUUCAUCAUCUUCCGCUGCUUCGCCGCUCAGGUCAUUUGCGCUACUCUCCCAGCCCGAACUGGGCGCACCUCCGGGCGUCGAGUUUGUCAACCCAGAGCUGCAGGAAAUUUCACCAAACCUCCCAUUCCUGGGACGUUCUGGCUCGUCAAGCGAUUACAUCGAUUUCAAUCUGUACUCACCCGAGUCCAGCUUUUCCGAGGAUGAGCGUAUGCUGCCGAUUGGCGCCUCGACUAGCAGUUUGCCAAGCCUGAAUGAACCGUCAUUCUCUGAAUGUCCACCUCCGCUGUACGAGACCGUACCUGACGGCGAGGCAAACGAGUGGGACGGGCCUGGCCUGUCUGUAGACGAACUCCAGUUCCACUCUGCCAACGAAGGCGUUGGCGGUAGGGGCCACAGCUCAUUGAGCAGCAACAGCAGUGGCCAAUUUGCUACCAUGAGCCAUGUCACCGCGGGCGAAUCCGUGAAUGAGUAUGGCUCCAGGCCGAACAGGGUUCCCAGUUCCGAGCCGCUGAGCCAGGUGGUUAUUUGUGUUCCCCCGGGGACAGUUGUUGUCGCGGGAGAUACCUCACCGGGCCAGAACCUAGACAACGUACCAACUACUAGCCUCGAUUCAUCUGUGGCAUCCUCAUCCAUUGAUGUUGGAGUAAGCGUGGUACAAACUGCUGCGUUCAUGUCCAAUCUGGCUCUGUACGUCAUGGCCGCAGCCCUGACUGCGAUACAGGGCGGCGUUUCGCCCCGUAAGCAUUCUCCCACAGCAUCGUGCCGCACCAUGUCGGGACGCUCGUCGCGCAUGCUGGAUACCAUGUCUCCUUUGUGUGUAGCCUAG